AUGGAUUGGAAGAAUCAGGAUCAAUAUGUCAAGUAUAGGAAGAAGCUCAAUCUUAAUCAGACUGCAGCAACUGUCCCAGCUACUGUUCCAGCUGUAGUUCCUGGAGCUUCAGCAUCACAAGUGGAGCAUCAAGUGUUGCGGGAAGCUGGUGCUCAAGUGCGCCAAGGGUUUGAUGCAACUCAAGCUCGAACUCCACAGGUCCUGAAGACUGGCUAUUAUGAUACGUCAAAUGUCUUGAACGAUGCUAUCAAGGGAAAGGAUGAGAAUGACAAUGAUGUCUAUCUUAUUCCAUGUCCUGCUGGUACGACAGAUGUCAAACUUCAAGCCAACUGGCACUAUGCUAGUGAAGAUGAAGAUGUGCCUGAUCUUGCUACUGAAGCAGAUUGA